AAGAGGCCCCCGCCCGCUCUCUCGCGCUCCUCUGCCUCGCCGGGGAGGGGAAGAGAAUGGAGGGGGCUCCCGUUUGCCUGUUUAUUCCAGCGCCUGCCGCUCACCACAGUCAUUGCCAGUAACGGUUUGCUUUACGGUGCUCGGAAUGCUUCGCCUCCGUUAAGCUUCUUGUUGCACUGAGCAGCCCUGCAAGGUGCCCUGCAGUGCCAUGUCCAGCCAGGAUGAUGAGACAGGGAAGGAAGGUGCUUUUGCAGCGGAGCACCUGGCUGCCGAGUCCAUGGCAGCAGAUAUGGACCCCUGGGUAGUUUUUGAUGCUCGCAAGACUCCCCGGGCCGAAUUCGAGGAGUGGCUGCAGACCUACCAACCGUCCCGCGUGUCUCGGUUUGGUGACCCUGAGUGCAAUGCUGAGCCAGUGGGUUGGAUAGCAGUGUACGGGCCCAGUUUCUGUCCCGAAGCUGGCGAUGUGGUAGGGCUGCAGGAGGACUGGGAGCUGCUGCAAGCCAGCGGGCGCCACAUCACCUUCGACAUGGUCAAGGAGCUGGCGCUGAACCGGCGGGUGUUGACCGGGAAGUGGCUCAUGCACCUGGAUAGUGGCUUCAAGGUGGACCAUGCCUGGUGUGGCAUUGCCCGUGCAGUGCUUGACGGGCGCAUUGGCGUGGCCAAGGUCAGCCCCUGCUGCCCUGACUCUGAGCGCAAGCAGGUCAUCUGUGUAUACACAGACGACUUCACAAAUGAGGAGCAGGUGCUGGUGGCCGAUGCUGUGAUCCGCACCACGGGGGUCAAAUGCUUGUUGUCCUACAAGCCUGAUGUUUAUACCUACUUGGGCAUCUACCGAGACAACCGCUGGCACCUUUGCCCCACCAUCUAUGAAAGCAAGUUUGAUUUGGAAUGUAUUCCUCGGCGUUCGUGCAUCACCAACAAAGUGAACAACACGGAAGUGACUUAAAACGUGUUCCUUUGGAUGUGUGGCCCUUCCAGGGGAAUGGUGUUGUGGCUGGGAGUUACAAGUCCCAGCGCCCCUCCCCUUUCACUCCCCCUCAGAGAGACCACAUUACAGUUGCCAAGCACAGGCCAGCAGAGAUGCUGGAGGCAGGAUUUCAGCACUGGGUGGCAGCUGCCUGCAUUGGUCUUCCUGCAGCCACAUUUAAGGUCACCUGAAUUUAUCUUUCAAUGGAAUGUGCUGCCUUUCUUGUUUUUGAGAACUUCCUACUAGGAGUGCAUCCCUGCACUUCUUCCUCAGUUGCCUGUGCAUAUGCUUUCAUAUCCCUUUCCCCAGUGACUUUGGGUAUCAAAAUAAAUGCACACACUCCCAUUUCAUGACAGGUCACUAGAAAGAUUGCUGUAGCGGUCAAAAAGCAAAGGGAUGGCAAGUCAAAUUAUCUUAGUUGACAAAUCCUUGCAUGUUUAGGAUAUGAAUACCCAACAUGGUGUUUUCCAAAUGCUUUGGCCUGCAACUCCCAGCAUCCUUGACCAUUCACCAUGUUGAGUGAGGAUGAUGGGAGUUUUAGUCCAAAACACCUGGAGGGUUUGGCUGCCACUAUGCUAAGAGGCGCCAUACUUUCUAACAAUGCAAAACAUUCCCAUUUUACAGAAUAAUCUAAGCAGACUAUGGGGAGUUCUGUGAAACACAAAAGUUUGGAUGUUCUUGCUUCCAACAGUUUCAUCUAAUUUUGCCACAGGUUCCCCAGGUCUGCCCUAAUGCCUGGGAAAAGUAGUUUCUAGGGAGGUUUUUUGUCAGAAACUACUAAUGGUUCACUAGGGAGGUGCUGUGUAGUUUUGACAGAGGGGCUAAACAUAGACACUAUCCCAACGAAGUGUGUUGGGAGAACAAGUUUUACUUAUUUAAGGGAAUGUCUCUCAACAUUUCUUUCCUCUUGAGGCUGUGGAAAAUAAAUUUGAUUCAGCAGCACUCACCUACCUGUAAAAUAGGUUUUUAAAAAAUAAAGUGAUUUUGUCUUC